AUGGACAACCUCAGUCCUCUGAGACACCUGAUUCAGUCUCACCCACUAAUCGACAAUCAUGCCCACAACCUCCUGAACCGCGAGUCAGCCACCGACCACGACAAUUACCCAUUAGAAGCCAUCAGCACCUCAGCACACGGUCGCGCCCUAGAAAAUGCACUCACCACCCUUCCCUCGCUACGGGCCAUAAGUCAGCUCUCUGAGCUCUAUGGUACCCCCUGCGCAGACUGGAAUGACAUCAAAUCCGCCCACGAUCGCAGCGUGCGCGAAGACUACGACGGCUUAAUUCGCAAGUCUCUAGAAGGCACACACGCACUAUUACUGGAUGACUACCUCAGCGACGACGAAGACAUCGAACCAUCCACCUGGCACGACAGCUUCACCGUCUCAGCAACAAAGCGCAUCGUCCAAGUCGAAGCCCUAGCAGAGUCCACAAUCCUGGACGUCUCGAACGCGCGCAAGAACGGCGAAUCAGUCUGGAAUAAUUUCCGCCAGCGCUUCCAAGACGCCCUCGGCUCAGCCUUAGAUGACCCAAACGUCGUGGCCUUCAAAUCUGAAGUCUGCUGUCGGACCGGAUUGGAUGUGUACCCGUAUUCAUCCGAUGAUACCACCCUAGGCGGAUCAUUGAUUCGAAUCCUCGAUUCCGGAACCACCAGGUCCGGGUUCGACGUUGAUGAUAAGGGGAUCUGCGACUGGAUAGUGCAGCAGACUCUUAAGGCGAUCACGUUUAAAAAGAAAGCUGGUGUCGUGAAACCAUUACUGUUUCACACCGGUCUUGGAGAUAAGCGGGUUAAUCUUGCAAAGGCGAACCCUGCUUGUUUGCAGCCCUUAAUCGCGCAGUAUGCUGAUGCGGAUAUUGUGCUGUUGCAUGCUGGAUAUCCCUACACGCGCGAGGCCGGGUAUCUUGCUUCUGUUUAUCCCAAUGUCUAUGUUGAUCUUGGGAAGGUGUUUCCCAUGGUUAGUCGGGAGGCGCAGGUGAAGGUUCUGAGGGAAUGUCUGGAGCUUGCGCCUGCCAACCGUUUGCUCUGGAGUACCGAUGGCCGGCUUCACCCGGAGUCGUUCUGGUUGGCUAAUCGGCAGUUCAGGCAGGCUCUUGAGACGGUUCUCGUAGAUUAUGUUCAACAUGGCGACUUCACUGCGUCCCAGGCUAUGAAGAUCGCCGCCGAUGUUCUGUUCUAUAACUCCAAUCGUCUUUAUAGCCUUAACUUGACUCCGUCAUACACACCUGCGGAGUAA